AUGUCAGAGCCACUUCAUUUUAAUCCAAGGGAAGAAACGUCUACAGUUUCCAAUGUCAGAACAGAUCAUGGUUGUGCAAAAAGUAUGUUAAGUGAAAUUGGUGUGGACUUGAGCAAGAAUGAGUUGAAUUCAUUCCAGUCAAAGCAAUUAGAGAAACUGAUACUGUCAUACUCUGACAUCUUCUCCAAGAACAAGAGAGAUUUAGGAAAGUGCAAGCCAGGAGUGAAACAUCAGAUCCAUCUAAAGCAAAAGGCUUUCCCGGUCAAACAGCCUUUAAGACGAAUCCCAUUUGGAUAUCGAGAAAGAAAUGAUCUGAAAACAAUGCUUAAUAUGAUGGCAUCAUUGAGAAAUCGUCAUCAGAAUGGGAAAGUCAGUUAGUCCUUGUGCGAAAACGUUCAGAAGACCUAAGAAUAUUGUGUGGAUUAUAGAAAACUUAAUGAAGUCACAGCUGUAACCAGUUACCCCUUGUCUAACAUUACUGAGACACUGGACCGUUUAGCAUGGGCUUCAUUUUUCACUUCAAAAGAUAUAACCUCAGGAUACUGUCAAUUGGAGAUUGCAGAUGCGGACAAAUACAAGACGUUUGGACUUGCAGGUGUACCAGGGACCUUUCAAUCAGUGAUAGAAGAUAUGGUACACGUAUUAGACACGGAGGACAUAUGGCAUAUUUUGACGAUGUGAUUUGUUUUCAUCCUACCUUUGAAGAACAUUUAGAAGGGAUUUCCUGAUUGUUUCAGAUGAUCAGGGAUUCAGGAUUUAAACUGUCAGGUAAAAAGUGUCAGUUUGCUUCCAGUUUUGUAAAGUUUCCAGGACACGUUAUUGACAAGUCAGGAGCGCGACCACUUCCUGAGAAAAUGGAAAUUAUUUGCAAUUGGAAGGCUCCGGAGAAUGAAACAGAACUUCGCCGGUUCUCAGGAGUUUGCACAUUCUGGAGACGAUUUGUAAAGGAUUUUGCAAAAGUGUCGGUACCCCUGCACAACUUGUUAAAACAGCCAGAAUUUAUGUUGUGA